AUGAAGGAAUCAGCAAGAGCUACGCUUCGCGAAGCAUACUCAGUUUCCACCAGGAUGACUGUGCCGAACGGCAGAGGGACGGACAAACCAGAUGAUCCCAGGGAUGAGGCUGUCACCCCACAAGCACAACCCAUUGAAGAUUUAGAAUCGGUCACCCUCUCCGAGGCACAGUCCGACCGACAGGUCCGAAUCAGCACCACCUUGAGUUCGGCAUUGCGUGCCGAUUUCAUUACCUUUUUGCGCGCCAAUACAGAAGUCUUCGCCUGGUCAUACAAUGACAUGCUCGGCAUCGCUCCACAUGUCAUCAGUCACAAGCUCAGCAUUUGUCCCACUUUCAAACCCAUCAGACAGAAAUGGCGACCCUACGAUACCGAAUGGUACGAAGCAAUGCGGCUCGAAGUAACCUACCCAAUUUGGUUGGCAAACUCGGUCUUGGUCAAGAAGUCAAGCGGCGCCUGGAGAAUGUGUCAGGAUUAUACCGAUUUGAACAAGGCUUGCCCAAAAGACAGUUUUCCUUUGCCGAGGAUCAAUCAGAUGGUGGACGCCAUAGCAGGCCAUGAACUUCUCAGCUUCAUGGACGCAUACUCAGGCUACAACCAGAUAUUCAUGAGCCCUGCCGAUCGCGAACAUAUGGCAUUCAUCACUGACAAAGGACUUUACUGUUACAACGUCAUGCCGUUCGGCUUGAAGAACGCUGGAGCAACAUACCAGCGAUUGGUGAACAAAAUUUUCUCUGAACUCAUCGGCACCUCGAUGGAGGUUUAUGUGGACGAUAUGCUGGUCAAAAGUAAAACAGCCGAUUCUCAUCUCCACAACCUCUCCAUUAUGUUCGAUGUCUUGAAGAAGUACAACAUGCGCCUCAAUCCAAACAAGUGUGCCUUCGGCGUCUCCUCGGGCAAAUUUCUUGGUUUCAUGAUCAACCAACAAGGCAUUGAGGACAACCCUGAAAAAAUCAAGGCAUUGCUCGACAUGCAGAUACCGAAGACACAUAAAGAUAUUCAGAGUCUCAUUGGGCGAGUCGCUGCUCUGGCCCGAUUCAUAUCAAAGGCUACCGAUCGGUGUGCCCCAUUCUUCAAAGCCCUCAAAGGAAGCAAACGGCAGAUUGUCUGGACUGCCGAAUGCGAUCGAGCCUUCCAAGACCUCAAGACCUACAUGAGCAGAGCGCCCCUAUUGUCCACCCCUCUUCCCGGCGAAGAACUCAUUUUCUACCUAUCGGUUUCGGCAACGGCACUCAGUUCCGUGCUCAUUCGCAAGCCAAACGGCAUAGAACUACAAAUUUUCUAUAAUAGCCAUGCCCUGCAAGAUGCCGAGAUUCGGUACCCCGAGCUGGAGAAGCUCGCCUAUGCCCUCGUUCUCUCAGCACGCAAGCUUCGGCCAUAUUUUCAGGCCCACAGUAUUACCGUUCUCACCAAUCAGCCUUUGCGCCAAAUACUACAGAGACCGGAGAUGUCAGGUCGGCUAGUCAAAUGGGCCAUUGAACUCAGCGAAUUCGACAUCCACUAUCACCCUCGGCCUGCCGAGAAAGAUCAAGCCGUAGCUGAUUUCAUCUCCGAAAUGACUACUUUCGAAAAGGAAGAUCCGGAUGAUGACGCCCCCGGACCGGCUUCGGCAGCCCCUGUCGCCCAUCCAACCGAAGGGACCUUUAAUCCAUCAAUACCCCUAUGGACUCUCUAUGUAGACGGCUCGUCCAACCGACAAGGCAGCGGAGCCGGCUUAGUACUAAAAGCCCCUGAUCAAACAACCAUCGAAUAUGCCAUCCGUUUCCAAUUCCAGGCUUCCAACAACGAAGCAGAAUACAAAGCUCUUUUGGCAGGCCUUCGGCUCGCUAAAGGGAUAGGGGCUAAACAACUCAGGAUAUGCAGUGACUCACAACUUGUCGUUAAUCAGGUGCUCACCGAAUUCGAAGCCAAGGAUACUUCGAUGGCUGCCUACUUGACACACGCCCGCCGAUUGCUCCAACACUUUGCAGCGUAUCAAGUUCAACAGAUCCCCAGAUCCGAGAACAGCCACGCCGAUGCCCUAUCACGCCUUGCAUCGGCCAUCGACGACAACGUUGGUCGCCAUGUGCCGAUCGAAAUCCUCGCUCGGCGCAGCACCUCUGAAGCCGAGGUACAUGCCGUUCAGCAGGAUCCUAGUUGGAUGGAUCCAAUCCACGCAUUCCUCGCCAGCGGAACGUUACCAGACGACAAGACCAAGGCUAAGACUCUCCACCGCCGAUCGGCACGAUACCUCCUUUUGAAUCAGAUCCUCUAUCGGCGUGGUCAUUCCUUACCAUUACUUCGGUGCAUGACCCCACAGCAAGGAAACUACGUCUUACGAGAAAUUCAUGAAGGAGCCUGCGGGGACCAUUCCGGCGCCCGAUCCUUGGCUUUCAAGACCAUACGGCAAGGGUAUUAUUGGCCGACUCUUCAUGCCGAUGCCACCAAACUCGUCCAGAGCCUCCCGAACGCAAUCAUCACCGACAACGGAAAACAAUUCGACUCCUCUCAGUUCCGGCACCUAUGCCACCGAUUCAAGAUCAACUUGUUCUUCGCAUCUCCAGCACACCCACAAUCAAACGGCCAGGUAGAGGCCAUUAACAAAAUCAUCAAGAAGACGCUGAAGAAGAAGCUUGGGCCAGCUAAAGGAGCCUGGCCCGAUCUGCUCCCAAAGGCAUUAUGGGCCAUCAACACCUCCUACCGACGGUCGACUAGCGAAACACCGUUUUCCCUUGCUUUUGGUACCGAAGCCGUUGUCCCAGUGGAAAUCAACGCACCCACGUGCCGUACGGCAUCUUACACGCCAGAGCAAAAUGAAACGCUGCUUGCAUUCAACCUGGACCUCAUCGACGAACACUGUUCCCAGGCCCAGGUUCGGAAUGCUGCCUACAAACCAGGACCAUUCCGCUACUACGAUUCGCGCGUCAAACGCCAAUCGUUCAAACUGGGGGACUGGGUCUUACGCAAAGUCUCUCUCGCCACCAAGGACUCCAACGAAGGCACCCUUGGCCCUACAUGGGAAAGUCCUUAUGAGGUCGUCACCGUCUGCCGACCCGGAACUUACCGAUUGCGCGGUACCGAUGGCCAUACCCUCGGCCACCCUUGGAACGUAGAACAUUUGAAAUAUUACUACAAAUGA